ACAUUUAUACUGAGACGGUUAAGAUACAAAAACAAAUGUGUAUGUCUUGUGAAAGCCAGCCAGCGUUAAAUCUACUGAAAACAUAAAUAUCUUUUUGUUUGCCAACCCUCCGCUUCUCAACUUCAGUGUGGAAACAGACGUGUUGGGAUAUUUAUAGAUCUGCACACAGCACAUGCAGUGUUCGGUGAGGCUGGAGGGCUGGAUGCGGUCGACAUGGUGAAGAAUGUUCCGGAAAGUCAAAAAGCGCCACAGCAGCAGCAGCUCGCAAAGCAGUGAAAUCAGCACCAAAAGCAAAUCUGUGGACUCCAGUUUAGGAGGGCUCUCCAGAUCCAGCACCGUUGCCAGCCUCGAUACAGACUCCACCAAGAGCUCAGGAAACAGCACAUCUGAAACAUGUGCCGAGUUCCGGGUGAAGUAUGUGGGAGCCAUCGAGAAGUUACAGUUUGACAUGAGCAAGACCCUCCAGGAGCCUCUGGACCUCAUCAACUAUAUUGAUGCCACCCAGCAAAAUGGAAAGCUGCCCUUCGUGCCUGGAGACGAAGAGAUGAUUCUGGGAGUGUCAAAGUACGGAGUCAAGGUGGCCUCGCUGGACCAGUGUGACGUGCUGCACCGCCACCCGUUGUACCUGAUCGUGCGCAUGCUGUGUUACGAUGACGGCCUGGGUGCAGGGAAGAACCUCCUGGCUCUCAAAACCACUGAUGCAGAGCAAGAGGAGUGCAGCAUCUGGGUGUACCAGUGCAGCAGCUCGGAGCAGGCUCAGUCCAUCUGCAAAGUGCUGUCGGCUUCCUUUGACUGCGCUCUGACAUCAGUCAAAUCCUGAGAGCAGAGAGAAGGAUGGGAGCUGAGAUCUGUCAAUAAUAGAAAUGAAACAACUGCAAAAACAGCAACAGCAAAUCAGAUUGCCAAAUAAUUGCAACCAUUUCCCUUUUCUUUAACUUUGUUUUGUUUUCUUUAGGAGAGAUUAACUGGAAGACAAAUCCUGUGUGUUUUCCAUGUAAGUUUGCAGGAAAGCCUUUUGUAUUAAUAGCAGAGUCACGUCACGCUCAGUUUGUUAUACAUAUUAUCCCCUUCCCAUCAGGUGAGACAGAACUACUAUGAAUUUGUCUGAAUUAUUUCCUUUGAAUUGGUUUCUUUACCUCACAUGCUCUUUUGACCUUUCACAUAAAGUAAAGAGCAAAACUCGAAAGUAAAAGAAAAAAGGAAAUUGUUGCACUUUUAACACAUUGGAACACAGUUCCCAAUGUACAUUAACCAUAUUUAAGGCAAACAAUGGUAGAAAAUGGUACAUAAUGUUGUAACCCAUCACCUCCAGCUGUGUCAGCAUGUGUUAAUUCAUGGGGGACAUUCACCAGUGGAGAAACUACAGUACCAGUCAAAAGUGUGGACACACCUUCUCAUUCAAUCGUUUUUCUUUAUUUUUAUUUUUAUUUUUUUCUACAUUGUAGAUUAAUAUUGAAGACAUCCAAACUAUGAAGGAACACAUAUGGAAUUAUGUGGUAAACAAACAAAUGCUCAACUAACCAGAAUAUGUUUUAUAUUUUACAUUCUUCAAAGUAGUUGAAUGAGAAGGUGUGUCCAAACUUUUGACUGGUACUGUAUACGGUACACAAAUUUCACAAUAUUUUGUUCUCUUCAUGUGGAAACUAUUCAGAUCCCUUGUUAAGUUUAGAUAUCCUUUUGUGUGUUUUGUUGUGUUUUUCACAGAAAACAGUAUUGGUACAAUAGCAGUCACUUUUUGGACUCAAAGGUACAUUAUUCAAAGAUGCCUUGACUGUGUGAGAGGAGACUUACUUUUUUAUUUUAUUUAAGGGAUUUACUCAUUUCUAAUGAAGGUUUUGACUUGUUUUGUAUCUUGUUUUAAAUUUGUUUAUACUGUACUGUUUCUUGGUACCAAGCAUUUGAAGUGUUUUCUGAUUAGUUUACUCCUUGUUUUUAUGUAGUGAUUAAAUUGCGUUAAAUCUAUUCACUUGCUGAAACCACAUAAAUAAUAUAAAGCUUUAGAAACACAAAUAAGAUUUCUGAGGAAAAACAUGUUUACAAUAGUGGUACUUACAUGACUUCACCUUGAACAUAAUAAUAGCCCAUUCUCUAUUUUCUGUCUUCCUUUGAACAUGGCCCUGUUAAGAUUGUGUUGAAAAUGUUACAUUUAAUAAUUAGAUCUAAUUGCGACAAGUUGACUGAUUAAAGUGUAAUUUCUUUUUUUAUUUCAGUGUCUUUACUUUAGAGUCUGUUUUUUAAAUGCUUUGUCUUUUAAUUAUCAAUCCCUGCAGUUUUUGUGUGAGUUAUAUUGCUAAUAAUAAUAAUGAUAUUAAUUCCUCCAAAUAUCACAAUAUACAUUUUUACACUGCAGCGCUCUCUGAAACUUGGAUGCUAACACAUUGAAACAUUCCCCAUCAGAGGGAGCUCUUGACACAUCACAGGAUCACAAACUCCUUCACACUCUUAAGAAACAGACAAAGGCCUUGUUUUAUUUCAUCUUUUAUUAUUCCAGUUUCAUUUUCCCAUUUGCUUUCACAAUAAAGUUAAGAGUUGAUGCAGUAAUCCACAGACGGUUAAUGAGAAUGAAUUACAUUUAUUGUCCCAGUGUGUGUGUGUGUGUGUGUGUGUGUGGACUUGUGAUUUCAGCACACACAAACACAGGUCCAGCUGAGGUUGUAUCUGUGACUGCUCAUCACCACAGACCAUUAAAAGACAUUUAGUGCCCCGGUUAACUCUUCUUUUUACAUAUAAAUAUCAACAAAAUCAAAUCUAUUUACAAGAAUAGAUUACUAAAUCUUCCUGUUUCCAGUGAGUUCAUAUUAAACAUGAUGAAGAGUGUAUCAGCUAUGAUUCACAUGCUUCUCGUCAUUCACAGAUCCAAGGAAGGCUCUGGUUUCAGGUUAAAUGCCUUAAUAUCAACAUUAUGAACAGAGAGAAAGUUGCUCCACAACCUAGAUGAAGUUAAUUACAAACAAUGUUUGAUAUUUAUCUCAUAACACUAUUGAUAAACUCAACUUUCUACAUGAUUGGCCCCCAGAGAUGUACAGAUAUGAGAGGCUUAAGCUGUAGGAAGGAUAUUUUCUUUCUCUGUAUAGAGUCAAUGAUAAUUCAGCUCAUUUGCAAACAACAUGUCCGCCUGUCAGAGUCUGAGUGCUCUCAAAGGCAAGAGGAAGCAACAAGGUCAGAUAAAUAACUCCUGCUUCUCAUUACAUUCCCACACUCUUUUUAUUUUUUUUUUAUUUCUUCCAACUUCAAUAUUAUUCCAUUCUCAGCUUAUUCUGUGCAGACGAGACACACGCGCACACACACACACACGCACACACACACACAGACACUUCCUGUUCCUCUAAUAAGGCAGAUGACAGGCAAAGACAGCCCGAGGUGUCAGACUCAGCAUAAAGGUAAUUACUAGCUGCUGCAGCUCAAGUCAGUGUCAGAAUUAUACCUAAAACACUACGGGAGGAAGAACUGGAGUGUUGCUGUUGAAUAUUAUCCUCUCAUAUGAAGCAGUACAGGAAGAGUGUGCGUGGAAAAGCUGCUCCAUCACUCUACACACCCAUGAGUAUGUGACUUAUCCCAGGUGUGAUGAGUCUGAGGCUAUUUUUAAAUUAUUUUUGACCCCUUUCGACAGGGAAGCGCUCCCUCGGGUGCAACUUCUAGCAUAUUCCGGGGUUAACUUAGCACCAUUAGAAAAA